AUGAUGGCUCUUCCGAAGCAGAAAGUGGUUGUUGUGGGUGCUGGCCCGGUGGGGUCUCUAGCCGCGCUGUAUGCUGCCUCACGAGGCGACGAUGUCGAAGUAUAUGAGCUCCGUGGAGAUCUCCGGGAUCCUACGACUGUGCCCUUGAACUUCACCAAGUCGAUCAACCUGGCCCUGUCUGAACGUGGAAUCACGUCUAUGAAACAUGCAAACCGGUCCGAUCUCAUCGACAAUGUCCUCCGUGAAGCAGUUCCCAUGCAUGGACGGAUGAUCCACGGCCGAGACCGGGGAGAUCUGUGGGAAGCUGCACAGGCCUAUGACGUUCACGGCCGGGCCAUAAAUGCCAUUGAUCGAGGAACACUCAACAAUGCGCUGCUGGAUGAGUUGGAGAAAACCCCCAAUGUUAAGCUAUUCUUCAACCACAAGCUGACUGGUGCGGACUUCCGCACCAACAAAGCUUGGUUCGAGCGCCGAAUCCCCGGCGAAACGCCCAUGGCAGAUGAUUAUGGAGUCUCUGGCCGAGUGCCAGAGAUCGAAGUACCAUUUGACUACCUCAUUGGUGCUGAUGGCGCACAUUCCGCCUCGCGCUUCCACAUGAUGAAGUUCUCACGAGUGGAUUACCAACAGGAAUACAUUGACACUCUAUGGUGUGAAUUUCGCAUCCCCCCCACAGAGAACGGUGAUUACCGUAUCUCCCCCAAUCAUUUGCAUAUCUGGCCAGGGCGCGAGUUCAUGUUCAUUGCGAUCCCGUCGGCGGACAAGUCAUUCACUUGCACACUGUUCGCACCGUCGUCACACUACACAUACCUGGAGACUUCACCACAGGACAUCCACGAGUUCUUCGACUCGCAUUUCCCGGGCGUGAGCCCAGAGUUGAUUGAGCCCGCCGCGUUGAGCGAACAAUUCGCCACCAACCCGCAUCUGCCCCUAAUCAGCAUUAAGUGCAAGCCCCACCACUACAAUGCCAGCACUGUCAUCAUUGGAGAUGCCGCCCACGCCGUGCUUCCAUUCUACGGCCAAGGACUCAACGCUGGCCUGGAGGACGUCCGUGUCUUGUUCGAGCAACUAGACAAACAUGGUGUCUAUGACCCCAACUCCAGCGUGUACACACGCAGUCUGAAACGCCAGGUAGCCUUCCAAGCCUACACCGACCAGCGUUGUGCCGACACACACGCUAUCAAUGAUCUAUCUCGCGAGAACUACUUUGAAAUGCGCGCGGGCGUCAAGUCCCCGCUCUACAAGCUCCGCAAGUCAAUCGAGGAGAUCAUCGAUCACCACUUCCCCAUCUUUGGUUGGAAAACGCAGUAUUGUCGCGUCAGCUUCAGCAACCAGCGAUACUCGGAGGUUGUCCAGGCUGUUCAACAUCAAAGCCAAGUCCUUGGUAUUGGCCUGAGUGGAGCUUUGGCUGUCUCUGUGUGUGCUUUAUCUAUCUUGGUGUGGAAGUACCCUCGAUUUCUUUCGCCGACGGGGGUUUUCCAGUGCGCGCGGCAUCUUGCAUGUGUUGGCCUGAGGAGCAUCCGCAAGUUCACUCAUCUGUAA